UGCGCGCAGGUCGUCAGGGCAGCCAUGAAGCCGCAGUACAAAGCCGAGGCCGAGCGGGCGGCCGCGGCCACCGUGAAGACGGUGAAGCCCAAGAAGGAGUGA